UCUAGCCACUCUCACUCUUUAUUAUGACACUAGAAAUUUUGUCCAUCGAAAGAGGAUAGUUUUAUUAUACUCAUACACGAUAAACAAUAAUGUCAGGGCUCCCAAGUUGUGCAUAAAGCUCUAUAGCUAUAGAUAGUACAUGCCCAUAUUCUUCCUACAUUUCAGACCUUAUUGUGGCAAGCUGAACCAAAUACAUAUUAGAUGACCCUUAACACUAAACACUAACUUCUUCUAAAUGAAUAAGAGUAAAAAUGCACAUAGAGAAAAACACUGUGAAAAAUAAGGGGGGAAAUGAAAAAGAGCCUGCUAAAAACCACUUUAUUAAAUAACAUUAUAGUUUUCAAGCUAGACAAUUUUUAAAAGACUACCCGUAUUAUGACAGGAAGUGAAGGAAAACAAUAUAUAAUAAAUGAAGAAAGGUAAAACUGGGACUGAUAGAACACUGACAGAUAACACGAGAAACCGAUAAAGAAACCUACUGAGGCAUACCGAAACCAAGUCUGCCUAGAAGCCUGCGCAUUUGCGGUUGUCCUGGAUGGGACCUCCCGAACGGACUCUUGCCAUCACAGCCACCCACGUUCCUGCACCGUCCUCCUCCUGCCGCGAGCCAAGGCCAACGCGCCUCUCGAGCGGUCGGGACGUGAGCGGGGGCCACGGCCCCCCUCAGUCCGCGCUCCGCCAGGCCACUCCCGCGGCCCCUUCCGGCGUGCUCGCCUUCGCGCGGCCCGGGCCGCCGGCCGUGCCCCUCCUCCUCCCCCGUCUCCUCUGCGCCCCCCGGGUUCCUCCCUGCGGGCCCCGGGUUCCUCCCCGCGGGCCCCGCGUUCCUCCCGGCGCCCCCCGCGUUCCUCCCUGCGGGCCCCGCGUUCCUCCCGGCGCCCCCCGCGUUCCUCCCUGCGCCCCCCGCGUUCCUCCCUGCGGGCCCCGCGUUCCUCCCUGCGGGCCCCGCGUUCCUCCCUGCGGGCCCCGCGUUCCUCCCUGCGGGCCCCGCGUUCCUCCCGGCGCCCCCCGCGUUCCUCCCGGCGCCCCCCGCGUUCCUCCCGGCGCCCCCCGCGUUCCUCCCGGCAGCCCGCGCGGCCCCGCGCGGCAGGAUGAUCCACGAGCUGCUGCUGGCGCUGAGCGGGUACCCGGGGGCGGCCUUCACCUGGAGCAAGCGGGGCGGCCUCCAGGUGUCUCAGGAGCUGCCGUUUCUGCACCCCAGCGAGACCAGCGUCCUGAAUCGGCUUUGCCGCCUGGGCACCGACUACAUUCGCUUCGCCGAAUUCGUGGAGCAGUACACAGGACACGUACAGCAGCAGGAUCACCAUCCGUCUCAGCAAAACCAGAGUGGAUUGCAUGGCAUUUAUUUGAGAGCCUUCUGCACAGGUCUUGAUUCAGUGCUGCAACCUUAUCGACAGGCACUACUUGACCUAGAACAAGAGUUUCUGGCUGACCCACAUCUUUCCAUCUCACAUGUUAAUUACUCCUUGGACCAGUUUCAGUUACUCUUUCCUUCUGUGAUGGUCAUGGUGGAACAGAUCAAAAGUCAGAAGAUUCAUGGAUGCCAGAUAUUGGAGACAGUCCACAAACAUAGCUGUGGGGGGUUGCCUCCUGUUCGCAGUGCUCUUGAAAAGAUUCUGGCUGUGUGCCACGGAGUCAUGUAUAAACAGCUCUCUGCCUGGAUGCUGCAUGGAUUGCUACUAGACCAACAUGAAGAGUUCUUUAUCAAACAGGGCCCCUCUUCUGGAAAUGUCCCUAGCCAGCCUGAAGAAGAUGAUGAUGACUUAGGAAUUGGGGGACUUACUGGAAAACAGCUACGAGAACUGCAGGACCUGCGUUUGAUUGAGGAGGAGAACAUGUUAGCUCCGUCUCUAAAGCAGUUUUCUUUGAGAAUAGAAAUGCUGCCUUCAUACAUUCCUGUACGGGUUGCCGAGAAAAUCCUCUUUGUGGGAGAAUCUGUCCAGAUGUUUGAGAAUCAGAAUGUUAACCUGACCAGAAAAGGCUCCAUCCUAAAAAACCAGGAGGACACUUUUGCAGCAGAGCUACAUCGACUCAAGCAGCAACCAGUUUUUAGUUUGGUGGACUUUGAAUCAGUGGUUGACUGGAUACGGAGCACUGUUGCUGAGCAUCUUUGGAAACUGAUGGUGGAGGAAUCAGAUCUACUAGGACAACUGAAGAUUAUAAAAGACUUUUACCUUUUGGGAAGAGGUGAGCUGUUUCAGGCCUUCAUUGACACUGCACAGCACAUGUUAAAGACACCACCUACAGCUGUAACUGAACAUGAUGUCAACAUUGCAUUUCAGCAGUCUGCUCAUAAGGUGCUGUUAGAUGAUGACAACCUUCUUCCUCUUCUUCACUUAACCAUUGAGUAUCAUGGAAAGGAACAUAAAGAUACUUCUCAGACUCGUGAAGGGCCUUCCCGGGAAUUAUCCCCACGUGAAGCCCCCACAUCUGGAUGGGCAGCUCUGGGCCUUUCUUAUAAAGUUCAAUGGCCACUGCACAUUCUUUUUACUCCUGCUGUUCUCGAGAAGUACAAUGUUGUGUUCAAAUACCUGCUGAGUGUGCGACGAGUCCAGGCUGAGCUACAGCACUGCUGGGCUCUCCAGAUGCAACGCAAACACCUGAAAUCUAACAGAACAGAUGCCAUCAAGUGGCGUCUGAGGGAUCACAUGGCUUUCCUUGUGGACAAUCUUCAGUAUUAUCUGCAGGUAGAUGUACUGGAGUCUCAGUUCUCACAGCUUCUGCAGCAGAUAAAUGCCACAAGAGAUUUUGAGAGUAUACGAUUGGCUCAUGAUCAUUUCCUAAGUAAUUUGUUGGCUCAAUCUUUCAUCCUCCUAAAACCUGUUUUCCAUUGCUUAAAUGAAAUUCUGGAUCUUUGUCAUAGUUUUUGUUCUCUGGUCAGUCAGAAUCUGGGCCCAUUAGAUGAACGGGGAGCUGCACAACUCAGUAUUUUGGUGAAGGGAUUCAGUCGUCAGUCAUCGCUUCUCUUCAAGAUUCUCUCUAGUGUUCGCAAUCAUCAGAUCAACUCUGACUUAGCUCAACUGCUGCUACGCUUGGAUUAUAACAAGUACUACACCCAGGCUGGAGGAACCUUGGGCAGUUUUGGUGUUUAAGCGCUAAAGACCUUUCCUUCAGGCUGUGACUAGUGAUGCGUCAAGCACUGGUGCUCUUGGACAGUUGGAGAGUUUACGCUCAAAUGAAUUUUUCUCUGUAGCUGGCUUUUGCCUGGUGAACUACUGUUUCAGAGGGAAUUGGCAGGAAUUGCCACUUAAGUGAGGCUGCCCAGUGAAUACAGAAAGCUAUUCCAUUUCUUCUGAACUCAUUAAAAAUAUGCUUUCUGCAGCCCUGCAUAUAUUGAUAAGUGUUUCCAGCGACAGGCAAUCUGAACCUCUUCAGAAAGUGAAAAAAACCAGAAUUAUGAUGUCUGGACUCUUCAACUGGAUUAUGUUCCACUUCAAGUUCAAGUAUGGAGGAAGUAAUCUUGUUUUUGACUAUGAAAGAGGUUUUGGCUGUAUUCAGAAGUUCCACUUGUGUAGUAAGCUGAUAUACAGUACACAAUGUCUGCUAAUCAAAUACCACGAGGAAAAUGAAACUGCAGUAGCAAUUUUCUAUUGAGGUGAAGGGGGAGAGAAGAAGAAGUAGAUUUUUUAAAUCUCUUUUCAUUCAGUGCACUAGUCUAGUAUAUGUGUAUAGGUCAUAGAGACUAUUGAAAUCACAUGCUUUCUCUAUACAAUUUAAUACAGUUUAUGUGGUAAAAUUACACUUGCCAAGACAGGAGCUUUGCCCUAGUUGAGUAGAAAGCAGCCUCUGCGGGCAGAAAAAUGGUAAGGAGAUGCUUACCUGGGAUGUUCACCUGCGCCGUUCUUAUUCCAGACUAUUUAGAAUGCUACUAGUGAGUACGCUACUGAAGCCAAAUAAAAAGAUCUUGUCAUGCAAUUA